AUGAAGUCAGCCUUCAAGCUCAAAGAUAGUGCAUCGCCGAAUGCUGCUGCUUCUCCUGCCCCCCCGCCUGCUGCAGGUCACUCCCCGGUCCCUGCUGCUGAGGCCCAGACAGCCAAGAGGAGGCAACAAGUGGCUGGAGCAGCCCCAGGAGGAAAGGAGGAAGUGCCUGCUCCUCCAAAGCGCAAGAAGACGGUGUCGACGCCGGAGAUCGGAGUGCUGGAGUGGUUGGAGGCAGAAGCGGAUAAGCGGGAGCUGUCUUCGCUGUCGUACAUGAAUCUGCCUCAAGGGCUCAAGGCUCCCCUCCGUCCAGAGGCUGCAGCUGUGAAGUUUCUCAAGGAGGUCAAGGACAGGAUACGACACCCUCCUAACCAAUCCUGGACGUCGAAGCAGCUCGCCCAGGGCGUCAUGCACCUGUUCGAGAGCCUCCCUGCCAGUCAGCAGAAGGUUUAUGUAGUGGCGGCGAAGAAGGAUAUGGAGAGAUACAAGGAGGAGCUUGCUGCUGUGAGGGCAGCCAUCCAGCCGAGGUCGGCGGAUGGGGAGCAGCAGGAGUGGAACAAGUCCAAGUUAGCUCAUCUAGCCUACAACAUCUACGAGCGAAACAGUACGCCGAAGCUGAAGCUGCAGAACGCAACAGCAAGUCAUGCAGAGAUUGUGAAGAUGUGCAAACGAGAUUGGAACAACCUCACAGACCAACAGCGGAAGGCCUAUCAGUUCCUGGCUGAAAGAGACCGCGAGAAAACAAGGGUGCAACAGAUUAUCUCGUCUAGGAAUGGAAGCGAUGCAGUGACAUGCAGGUACUGCGUCUUCUGCGGCUCUGCCUUCAACCAGAUGGACGGGACGAAGUUUUGCCGCCAGUGCGGGCGGGCGAUCGACCACAACGUCGUAGCAUUCGCUCCAAGGAGCCGAGCGAUUGAUGCGGGAGAGUCGGGGGAGAGUCAUGUGGACAUUGCUUGA